CAAUUCACCCAAACUCCACUUCUAAACCAGCACAGGAUCACUCCAGUGCUACAGCUCCAAUUAAUUACCUUCCAUUGCUGAAGCGCCGUAGCAACUAGCCAGCCAGCCAGGUCUCGGGAACCUGCUAUGGCUUCUCCGGCAGCGGUGGCGGUGCCGCGGAUCAAGCUGGGCUCGCAGGGGCUGGAGGUGUCAGCCCUGGGGCUGGGAUGCAUGGGCAUGUCAGCCUUCUACGGCCCACCCAAGCCCGAGCCCGAAAUGAUCGCGCUCAUCCACCACGCCGUCGCCGCCGGCGUCACCUUCCUCGAUACCUCCGAUUUCUACGGCCCGCACACCAACGAGAUCCUCCUUGGCAAGGCGUUGCAAGCAGCAGGGUUGAGAGAGAAGGUGCAGCUGGCAACCAAGUUCGGCGUACUCACCACCGCCGACGGCACCCCGGAGAUCCACGGCGAGCCGGCGUACGUGCGCGCGGCAUGCGAGGGCAGCCUCCAGCGGCUCGGCGUCGACUGCAUCGAUCUCUACUACCAGCACCGCAUCGACACCAAGGUGCCCAUCGAAGUCACUAUUGGCGAACUCAAGAAACUGGUCGAAGAGGGGAAGAUUAAAUACAUUGGGCUAUCUGAAGCAUCGGCAUCAACAAUUAGAAGAGCACACGCAGUUCAUCCGAUAACUGCCGUCCAACUAGAAUGGUCUUUAUGGUCAAGAGAUGUCGAAGAAGAUAUCGUCCCUACUUGCAGGGAACUUGGUAUUGGAAUUGUGGCAUACUGUCCACUCGGCGGAGGGUUCUUCUCGAGCGGCCCUAAAAUGGUCAACACAUUGUCUGAACAAGACUUCCGCAAGGGAUUGCCAAGAUUCCAAACCGAAAACCUUGAGAAGAACGCCAUGGUAUUCGAGCGUGUUAGUGCAAUGGCUGCAAAGAAGGGGUGCACAACGUCGCAGCUCGCACUGGCCUGGGUUCUCCACCAGGGCAGUGACGUAUGCCCCAUACCAGGAACCACCAAGGUCGAGAAUUUCAACCAGAACGUGGCGGCUUUGUCCGUGAAGCUCACACCAGAAGAGAUGACUGAGCUCGAGUCUUAUGCAUCGGCUAAUGUUGCAGGCGACCGAUACCAUAACAUUGUGUACACUUGGCAAAAUUCGGAGACCCCUCCCGUAUCGUCCUGGAAGGCCGAGUAAUAGUGCUUGUGGGAAGUGCAAUAAAGAGUUGUUUUCUGGUGUGGCACAUCGCGUGUUGACACUUGAGAGAUGUAGUGCAUGGCGCACUUGCAAAUCUCAGGGUUGUUUUUAAAGAUAUUAAAUGAUUAUCAAAAUAAUGCGUCAAAUUUGUGGCGAUAAGUAAAGAGCUCAUUUUUGCAUGUUA